GCACUGUGAACAUAAUUAUUUUAACUAAAAGUAGGGGGACGGAGAGAUAAAGAGAGUCCCAAGAGGUCUCCGUUUCGGCUGACAGGGAGAUGAUUUGAUGCUCCGUGGAAGAUGCGAAUACUUCAGUCGAGGCGAGUCGAAGCAGCGGCUCAGCUCUCGCUCGUUUCUCUCCCAAGAACAAACGCAUCUUGUUGCGGAUCGAGUGCUCCCCCAUAGUGAGCGUUGUCAUCAGUUCAUGAACGAAUGCAGAUCGAUCAAGUGACUCUGCCGUGCCUUGCUUUCUCGAGUUGUGGCAAGCCGGACACGGAAUCAGGAGCCGGAGCCCGCGCCUCUACGUAAGGUCCUCAUCUUUUGCCGUCGUGGAACUUAAUUUUUGCCCUUCUACUCGCGGACUCCUUCCUACACCGCAAGCCUGUUCGUAACUUGAACAUGACCCGGUGAAUGCCACCCAUCCCCCACGUGGACCUUCGAAGGCUGCCCAAUGCCGAACCUGCUGGAUUUCAAGAAAACCAACAAGCAAGCCAAGCCUUUGAAGGCAGGUGUCGAGAUUAAAGAAAGACUAUGGAAUCGUGAUGAUCGUGAGAGGUUAUAACUGGACGACCGUGGCUGGCAGGCAAGAAUUUAUUAUCACCCCUAUCUAUAAGUCGAUCGCGUGUGCCAUGUCUAAUUUGGACAACACGGAAGGGCUCUGGCUUGCUGGGAUUCAACUCUUUAAGCUACUCAUAGUGCAAAUCGUAACGAGGCUCGGGCAAGAAGUGUAGGCAUUGUUCAAGAAGAAGCGACUCUCAUGAGAGUACUGAGAUGAAUGUCCGACCGUUCGUAGAUACAUAUCGUAGUCGAUCUCUUCAAUCUUAUCGCCGCCCUUGGUUGUCUGUCUCGGCUUUGGCUCUCCAGCGCACCCCUGUUGGUGCCAUUCACCUUUCAGUUUGCGAAAUUGCUCGUCUUAGGACGUAUCCCUCUAAGUCAACGUUAGGAGCUCUGUGGCACGGGAUCCUGGUUCGAUCAACAACCCCUUUACUAUUACGUCCUGCGAGGUCAUUCGUUCCAGGUGGUGGGUCUCAGACGCAUCCUCUCCUAAGAGCGAUUUGUUCUCCAACACGUUUUAUAAGCCGAAGAGAAAGGGAUGAGAUGAGCUGGAGGUGUCAUGGAAGGAACUACGCCGAGCUUGUGGCAAAUCUGCAGAAGAAUGACAUUCUUACUUCACAUGAGGCCGGAGAGGCCAUGAUGAAGAUUGAUCGGGCACACUUCGUACCUCCUGGUGGUUUGCCUUAUGAUGAUGCCCCACAGAGCAUAGGAUUUGGUGCUACUAUCUCGGCACCUCACAUGCAUGGAUAUUGCCUUUCCCUCCUAGCGGACUAUCUAAAGCCAGGAAUGCAUGUCCUAGAUGUGGGAUCUGGGUCUGGCUACUUGACUGCCGUAUUUUCCGUUAUGGUUGGAGAAACUGGAAAAGCUGUGGGAGUAGAACAUAUUCCAGAACUUGUUGAUAGGUCAAGAGAAGCUAUCAAGCGUGGCCCCGCUGGAAAGCUCUUAGACAAUGGACAUCUUGAGAUUCAUGUGGGAGAUGGGAAGCAAGGUUGGCCAGAUGCAGCACCUUACGAUGCCAUUCACGUAGGAGCGGCAGCAGCAGAACUACCCCAAGCACUCGUGGAUCAGCUGAAACCUGGUGGUCGCAUGGUUAUUCCUGUGGGGAGAAAUUCUCAGGAUCUGGUUAUCAUUAACAAGUUACCGGAUGGGAGUAUUGAGAAGAAAAACGAAAUGGGAGUGCGCUAUGUUCCUCUCGUGUAACUGCAGUUGCUUUGUUCAUAUACGUGUAAAUGAAGAUUUUGAAAAGCUUUGAAGACUGUGCGGGGCAAUUAUAGGAGGUUCAGAUGCAGACGAAGAAUUGAUUAAACAUCUCCGAAGUGGACAAAUUGUCAAAUGGGAGACGAAGUCAGACGAUGUUAUCUUUACUUGUUCACUCGCAAUUUGAUGAGUUUCUAGAUGUCGAUGCACUCAAGAGAUUUAUCUCUAGUGCUCAGAAAAACUUGUGGAUUGUACGUACUUGCACUUCUGUAAUAUGAAUUACUCUCUUUAAAGGC